AUGGCGCGCGUGAUGGUCAGCAGUUUUGCUACCGAUGCCCCACUUUCGAACAAGGUGAAUCUCGCCUUGACUCCGCUCUACAUACUCUCACACUGGUAUCAAAACUGGACGGCGACUUCUGGCGACCAGCUCAUCUUCACCAUCUGCUCUGAGGGCAUCAUCUUGUCCUUCUUGUCACUGGCCAUUACGAACUUAGACGUCAAGGAGUAUCAGUUGGAGGCUGCUGCCAUCGAGUUGGAGGAGAAAGUCCAGCAGGUGCAGGAGGCAGAGCGAGCUGGAGGGGCUGCACAGCGCCUUCUCAGCGUGACUUGCGAUGCCUUCGUCAGGCUGGCGCCGGAUCUUUCGAUCUUCGAGCCUUCCCGGAGCUUGUCCGAUCUGCUGAUGUGCGGAUUCGGUUCGAGCAUAGCUUCGAACCCGUUGGAUGGCGUCCCGAUCAUUCGGUACAUCAAUGAAGCGGAUCAUCAGCGGUUCACGGACUUUAUCAAGGAAUCGUCCAAUGAAACGAACCCUGCCAGAUCUUUGCAUGUGGGGAUGAAGGACUCUGGGGGUGUCGUCUUCAACGUCGAGCUGUUCCACGUCACGGUUCCUGGUCUCAGGACUGAGGAACACACGCACUUGAUCGGAAUCACGCAGGAGUCAUGCACAGACAGGCUUGAGCGCUGCGAGGCCUCCGAAUUCGAUCGCGGCCUGGAAAGGCUGGAUACGACAUCCAUUCCCUUGCAGGCCGGUCUUGACGAUAUGCGACACAUCCUUGGGUACAAACUCCAGAAUGGGUGCAGGAGCGUUCCAAGCAGACAGUCCCGGUCUUCGGGAAGCCACAGCAGUGGUCGCACAGACAAUCUGACGCGGCUGCGAAACCUGGAGAAAGUCAGCAUCGUCGUUGAUGUAGAGACCCUGACUGAAGACUUCCUAAUUCGUUCGAUGAAGAUGACUUUUGCAAAACCGCACCCGCAAGCCACGGGUGUGCCGAAUCUGCUGGAGUGGAUCAAGCCGUCGUACAGGUCCAAUAUCUUCAACUACAUUCAGGAUCAUGCCAAUGCCCGCUACAGCGGGCGCGAGUGCGCAGAGCGACCACUUCGGGGAAUCAAGAUGUAUUCGCCGAUGGCAUCUGCCAAUACUCUUCUAGUGGGUGAGGUGCGGAUGGAAAGCUUCCUGGAGUCCAGCGACCAGCUAGAGUCUCCUAAAGAAGACAUGGAUGACGCGUCCAGCUCUUCAUCAGCGAUGUACAUGGAGUUGGAGCUGACAAAUCUAUUCGCGCACUGA